GUAGGCAAGUUUGCACCCUCACCGUGGUCAGAAGGAUACAUACAUCCGAAACCUGAUGGUGACAUCAUGGUUAGUCUCAUGGAAUGGUGUGCUGAUGCGCCUCCACAGUACUUGAAAAUGCCAUGGGUCACCAAUGAAUUUCCUCGGUACAUCUCAAUGCCUGGCAGUGCAAAACAGAAUCAACUAAUUCGUGACGACGUCUUGACUUCGAAUUGUGCGACCUUCUUGUAAGGCGGUUAACGCAACUAGACUCCAAGAUGGGACCAACUAGUUCAAGGAUGCGUUGGCGUCAUCUCCUCGAGAGUGAUUUCUCUGUAUGUGCGAUAGCAGAAGACGACAUCACACCUCUGUUAUCAAUCCAGCAACAAUUCAUUGGCGACGACAUAACGUACAACAUGUCCUGCACUACAAUGUUCACCGUACCUUCAUUUAUUGAACAAUCCUGGUGUGCCUACAUGUUUGACAUGAAAGAAGAGAUUAUUCAUGUACUUGAUCCAUUGGGGCUGCAUCUCGAAUUAGCCGCAAUCAAAGUAUUGCAGGCUCAUUACGCUGACGUCAUUCAUGAGAAGCUCUUCCAUUGCUUCAGCAAGUAUUAUGAAAUUUGGAAUCCACAGAAGAAAGAUUGGCCUCACGUCUAUCCUGUUCUCACCAACGACAAGUUCACCAAGAAUCAGAGCGGAUUGUGCAUGCUGCAUUGUCUACGCAAUUACAAUGGGGAAGAAUUGGAGCAGCCACUGACACUGAAUGGUUAUUCAAGAUUGCAGCAUACCUUUCUUCAUGAACUGCUGACCAUGGAGAACAACAAAGCCACACUACCAAUCCACAUACUGAAGAUCAUCGACCCACCAAAUUGGAGACAAGUUUAGACGCUCAAAUGUUGCACCAAAUUGUGUCAAUCUAUAGAUAAAGCCCAGUCUUCCAUCCGUCCAAGUUGUCUGUUUUACCCGCUUCAGUUCUCUGCCUGUCUAAAUUAUAUCAGUUGAAUUCCUUUUGUUUCAGAACUUGUUAUCUGUACUAAGUACUGCCCGUAAUCUGCCCAUAAUGUGAUGUU